AUGGUUUAUGACCUUAGGCCUAUAGCCUUGUGCAACGUGGUAUACAUGAUAAUGGUUAAAAUGGUGGGGAACAUGAUGAAGGGACUUCAUAAGGUGGUUGCGUCAAAUUCGCAAAGUGCUUUACUCCUAGGCAGGCUUAUAACUGAUAACAUUCUAGUGGCUGCUGAGUUGGGGCACUGUCUGCGUAGGAAAUGUACUACGGAGGUGGGGUGGGCUACGUUAAAGUUGGAUAUGGCUAAGGCGUAUGAUAAAAUAGAGUGGAGCUUUCUAAGGAAGAUGUUGGAGAAACUGGGGUUCACGGGGAGGUUGGUGGAUCUGAUUAUGAAUUAUGUGACGACUGUCCAUUACAAUAUCUUGGUUAAUGGGAAAGAGGCUGGGACGGUGGUGCCUUCGCGGGGGUUGAGGCAAGGUGACUGUCAGUCGCCUUACUUGUUCAUCAUUUGUGCAGAGGGGUUGUCUAUACUAUUGCAAUAG